GUACAGAACGCUGACUGCGCAUCUGACAGACCUGGAAACUCGCCCUGUGAUUGGACGCCGCGGCCCAGCCUCCUCCAAUCCAGUGCUCGCUGAGGAGCUUCCCGCCAGACUCCAAACCGCGCGCGGGAGAUCCGUCAGUCACCUCAGAGAGGAGAGCGCGAGCCGUCUCCGGUACCGGGACACCGAGAACUUCAGCCAUUAUGUGGAUCCAGGUGCGCACCAUGGACGGCCGGCAGACCGAGCGGCUGGACGACCUUUCCAAGAGGACCAAGGUGGAGGAGCUCCGGCUGCGGAUCCAGGAGGUGUUCGGGGUGGAGAUGGAGCGGCAGCGGCUCUUCUUCCGAGGGAAGCAGAUGGAGGACGGCCACACACUCUUCGAUUACAGUCUGAACCUGAAUGACAUCGUGCAGCUGAUGGUGAGGCAGGUCCCGGUGUGUGUCCCUGAGGGGAAGGAUAAUGAUGAUAAGGGGAAGGCUAUGGAGGAAGAGAAGAAGGAUGACGAUGAGGAGAAGGAUUUUGAGGAGAAGUUGGAGGAGAUAGACCCGGAGGAAGAUCCUCUGCCCUCCCCAGAGUUGGCCCCGUACAAGGCGGAGCAGCUGGUGGACGCCCGGGACCUGAACAUGGGCGCCUGGUUCGAGGCCGUGGUGGUGAAAGUGACCCGCAAACCCGACUCCGAGGACUUCCUCUACCACAUCCGAUACGAGGACUACCCCGAGGAAGGGACGGUCCCGCUGACGGAGAAGGACGUCCGCCCCCGGGCCAGGACCACCCUGGCCUGGGACCAGCUGGUGCUUGGACAGGUAGUCAUGGUCAACUACAACCCGGACGAGCCCGGCCGGCGAGGAUUCUGGUACGACGCCGAGAUCCUCCGCAAGUCCCCGAAGAAGGAAGUCUAUGCCAAAAUCUCUCUGGGGGACGCCAAGGACUCCCUUGAUGACUGCAAAAUCGUAUUUGCGGACGAGAUUUUCAAGAUCGAAGAGCCCAGGGCUCUGCCCGCGACGCCGGUGAAGCCAGAGUCGCCACAGAAGAAGCAGCAGAGCGGUCCACAGUGCAAGUACUGCCGGGACGACGCCAGGACCAAGUGCCGCAUGUGUGCCUGCCACGUGUGCGGGGGGAAGCAGGACCCUGCCAAGCAGCUGCUGUGUGAUGAGUGCGACAUGGCAUUCCACAUGUACUGCCUGCACCCCCCACUGACCGCCCUGCCGCAAGACGAUGACUGGUACUGCCCUGAUUGCAGGAACGACACCAGCGAGGUGGUCCUGGCGGGGGAGAAGCUGAAGGAGAGCAAAAGGAAAUCCAAGAUGGCAUCUGCCAGCUCGUCGUCGCAAAGAGACUGGGGCAAAGGCAUGGCGUGCGUCGGUCGUUCCAGAGAAUGCACAAUCGUCCCAUCCAAUCACUUCGGCCCGAUACCGGGAGUGCCCGUCGGCACCAUGUGGAAGUUCAGGGUUCAGGUCAGCGAGGCCGGCGUGCACAGGCCGCACGUCGCCGGCAUCCACGGCCGCAGCAACGAAGGCUCCUUUUCUCUGGUGUUGGCGGGAGGUUACGAGGACGACGUUGAUGAUGGGGACGAGUUCACCUACACAGGCAGCGGAGGCCGCGACCUCUCCGGUAACAAACGCACCGCCGAGCAGUCAUGUGACCAGAAACUUACAAACAUGAACCGAGCCGUCGCCCUGAACUGCAACGCACGCAUCAACGACAAGGAGGGCGCCGAAGCCAAGGACUGGCAGGCGGGUAAACCUGUGAGGGUUGUGCGUAAUGCGAAAGGGAAAAAGCACAGCAAGUACGCUCCAGAAGAUGGUAACCGCUACGAUGGGAUUUACAAAGUGGUGAAGUACUGGCCUGAGAAAGGGAAAUCCGGGUUCCUGGUGUGGCGUUACCUUCUCAGGAGAGACGAUGAGGAGCCCGCCCCCUGGACCAAGGAGGGCAAAGAACAUAUAAAGAAACUGGGCCUCACUAUGCAUUACCCCGAGGGGUACCUAGAAUCUGUUGCCAACAAGGAGAAAGAAAAAGAAAAUUUUAUUGAUGAUGAUGAUGAAGAAGGUGAUGACGAUGAUGAUUUGGAGCCUCCUAGCAAGGGCAAGAGAAAGAGGAAGCCAAAGAUCGACACGGAUGAGGAUGACGAUUCCGAUUCAACAUCCAAGAAAUCCAAAGUGGAAUUGUACAAACUCACCCCGGAGCAAAAAACCCUGAUCGAAAAAGACGAGCUAAAUGUCAAACUGUGGAAUGAAGCCAUGGAAUUUCUUAAGGAGGGUCCGAAAUUUAUCAACAAAGUGGAAGAGACUUUCCAGUGCAUCUGCUGCCAAGAAGUGGUGAUUGAGCCGGUCACCACCGAGUGCCUGCACAACAUCUGCAAGAGCUGCCUCGAUCGUUCCUUUAAAGCCUCUGUGUACUGCUGUCCUGCUUGUAGGCACGACCUCGGGAAGAACUACAAUAUCCAAGUCAACAAGCCGCUGCAAUCUCUUCUCCUACAACUAUUCCCUGGAUAUGAGAGGGGCCGGUAAUUCAGGGAUAAGAGCUGCAUUGGAGAAGAUUCACACCUGAAUGCACCUGAAACCACUGAGCUGCAAGUUCAAGUUCUCUACACCUGGUAUCCAGAUUGUUACCGUCAGGAAGACACAAUUGGGUGACUGUGUGAAGACCAGCGUUUUGGCUCAGAAACUCUAAUAAUUCAGUUACUUUUCUACUUCUGUGGUUCACUGAAUGUUUAAAUUUCACGUUUGGGCUUUUUGUUACUGGCCUUUAGUUCUGGAUUUAUACGUAAUUGUUUUGGGUGAAUAUGGUGAUAAGUUUCUUAAACAAAAUUCAUUGCCAAACAAAAAUGGCCAUGUGGUUUAUGGUAAUGCUAUGCUAUAUACUGUGCUAAGCUGGGAUAUGUUUUUCCUGCUGCAAAUGGAAACCUGCAGUAACUACCCCUGUGUGCAUGUCUUUCCUUUCACUGUCCAUUUUGUCAGAGCCGUUAAGUGCCUUUAUCCAGUUACUGCAUUUUUUUUUUGGGACUCUGUCCUAAAUUUGUAUGCAAACUUUCAGCUGUUAGAUAUUUCCAGUUAUGAUCCUUAAAAUGCCAUUUCAGAAAUGAAGACAAUUUGUUUUUGCAUUGUUCUUCUUUUUUCUAAAUGUAAGCUAUGGUUUCUGAUUGGUUUUGUAACACAAGGCUGCAGACGCCUUGUGUUACAAGGCCAGCUAAAUACACUUCUUUUCGGAAGGGUCAAAAAAUGCCUGAAUGUUUACUGUUGGCUUUGCUUUACCAAUUUAUUUUUCAAUUAUAAGUAUUUUUGUGCUGCCCAACGACAUGCAACUCGUUUGAUCUUUAAUAUUUAUGCCAUUAAUGGAUUUCAAAUAAAAUACAUUGUGCAUGUUAAUCAA